AUGACGAUAAAUACACCAUCAUGCAUCAUGGAAAUACCGUUCAUUAAUUCUUUCUGUCUUCCAAGCCUCAUUAACGGGGAAUUUGAAGGAGUGGCGUUGUGGUCCUGCAUCUUGUGCUGUCGGAGGAAUGCCCCUGCAUCUUGUGCUGUCGGAGCUCUUGGACCGUCGAUUCUCUUGCAUCAAUUAGUUCCUAUGACACAGAGGAACUUGAUAUCGUGGACAACGAUGAUUUCCGGGUACGUGCAAUACGGAGUUCACAUUGAGAGUUUGGAGUUGUUCGGAGAAAUGAGAGUUGGUAAUGUGAAGCCUGACGAGGUUGCGCUCAUAAAGCUCACACAAUCUUUCAGCAGUUGCACUACAAGUGUCGUCGUUUCGUGGAAUACGUUGUUGGAUGGGUACUGCAGAAGUGAAGUUAUUGACAAGACAAGAAAUUUCUUCAACAACAUCCCUGGGAAGGAUCUCGUCUCUUGGAACACAAUGAUCAAUUGCCACGCAAGGUUUAAUUGCUUCGAAGAACAGUUUGAGUUGUUCCGAAAGAUGCAGAGUUCAAAUGUGAAACCCAACAGCCUCACUUUGAUAGACCCUCUAAAUGACGCAGCUUAUGUGCUUCUGUCAAACAUAUAUGCAGAAGCUGCAAGAUGGGAUGAUGUGAGCUGGGUGAGAACAAAGCUAGAGGAACUUGGAGUCAAGAAGAAACCAGGAUGUAGUUUGAUAGAACAAAAUGGAGUUAUUCAUGAAUUCGUAUGCCGGGACUUUAUGUACUCUCAAUCUGCAGAAGUAUACUCAAUGUUGGAUGAAGUGAAAGAAAGAUCUCACAAAGAGGAAAUACAAGAAUAA